UGAAAGCGGCACAUGUGCUUGUUGUUUACAUUUCUUUAUAUUUAUACAUAUUUGUCAAGUGAUGGAUAUUAAUCUUAAAUUUAGUGGUGGAUUAGAACUGCUUUUUAAAAAUCAAAAGGACUACAGUGUUAAACUUCCUGAUUCAAAUGAAAAAUGGAUAAUGAAAUCUCUCAUAGCAUGGGUCAAAGAAAACUUGCUGCAGGAGAGGCCAGAAUUGUUCAUUCAAGGAGAAACUGUACGUCCAGGUAUACUUGUUUUAGUCAAUGACUCCGACUGGGAACUUCUGGGUGAGCUGAAUUAUGAAAUUCAGCCGGGAGAUACUAUUCUUUUCAUAUCUACUCUUCAUGGUGGUUAAUGUAUGUUAGAAAAAUUUUAAGAAUUUGUAAUGAAAUCAUAUACUUUUUAUUUGUGUUGUACAUAUUUAUUUAAAU